AUGGGAAGCAAGCUAUCAACAAAAGGUGAUGUGUAUAGCUAUGGCAUCCUCUUGUUGGAGAUGUUUACGGGGAAAAGGCCAACUGAUGAAAUGUUUAAAGAAGGUUUAAGUCUUCACAACUUUGUUUCGGAAGCUUUUCCUGAUCGAAUGAAAACAGUCGCAGACAACACACUCAAUGAAAACAGUCUGGGAAAUGACAAUCUUCAAUGCUUGAACUUGAUAUUCGAAAUACGUCUCACUUGUUCUGCUGAAUCACCGAGUAAGCGGAUGGGCAUGAGUGAUGUUGUUACUAAGCUUUGUUCUGCUAGGGACAAACUUCUUCGUCCAACGCGAUUCUGUCAUGAGAUUCAAACUGCCUAUGCUGCUCAAUCAUCAGGUUAUAAUGGUCUUAACGCGCUUGGUAUAGCAACAGCAACAACAACCCUUGUUGUUACAGGAAAUGACACUGAUCAACAAGCUUUACUCCAGUUCAAAGCCAAGAUAACAUGUGAUCAGCUCAAUAUUAUGGAGUCCUGGAAUAGUUCCAUUCACUUCUGCCAGUGGCGUGGCGUUACAUGCGGUCGCAAGCAUCAGAGAGUCACCAAGUUGGAAAUGCAAUUCCUUAAACUCUCAGGAUUCUUAACACCUUACAUUGGAAACUUGAGCUUUCUUAGGGAGUUGAGUCUAGUGGGAAACAGCUUCUACAAAGAGAUUCCUCAAGAAAUUGGACGUUUAAGAAGACUGGAAACAUUAGACCUCACCAAUAACUCCAUCAGUGGUGAAAUUCCUUCCAAUUUAUCAGCUUGUUCUAAGCUUACAGUGGUUGAUAUGAGAAAAAACCAACUAACAGGAGAAAUACCUGCUUCAUUGGGUCUCUUGUCAAACUUGAAAAUCUUGAGUUUUGGAAAAAGCAAUUUGAGAGGGAGUAUCCCACCUUCGUUGGGGAACUUGUCAUCCAUGGAGGACCUUUAUUUGGCGAUGAAUGGAUUAACUGGCACUAUACCUGAAGCUCUUGUACAACUAACAAAUCUUUCAUUUUUCUUAUUAGAAGACAAUGCAAUUUCUGGUACGCUUCCUUCUGCAAUUUUCAAUCUCUCAAAUGUUAGAAACUUUGAUAUUGGUCAUAACAAGAUUCAAGGUACUCUUCAUUCUAACUUAGAAAUCUCUAUGCCAAAUGUUGAGUUCUUUUCAAUAGCAAAAAACCAAAUCAAUGGACAAAUCCCAAUUUCAAUAUCCAAUGCUUCAAAUUUGAAUGUACUCCAAGUUGAUGAUAACAGACUGAGUGGAAGCGUGCCUUCAUUAGAAAAUUUGGAUAAAUUGUCUUACCUUCUCCUAGGCUUAAACCCUUUGGGAUAUGGGAGAGAAGGCUACUUGAACUUUCUCUACACUUUAGUCAAUAAAACUGAACUAGAAUUUCUAUAUAUAAGCGGAAGUAAUUUUGGAGGAGUAUUACCUGGAUGCAUUACCAAUUUUUCUAGAUCCCUUUUGCAUUUAGUAAUAGAAAAUAACAAAAUAUUGGGUAGAGUCCCGGAUGCGAUUGAAAAUCUAAUCAAUUUGGAAGUGCUUGUGACAUCAAGAAAUCAACUAUCAGGUCCAAUUCCCUUUAGUAUUGGGAGGCUUCAAAAGUUGAAGAUAUUUUACAAUAGAAGGAAUUUUCACUCUGGGACAAUUCCUCAUUCUAUUGGAAAUUUGAUAGAGUUAACCAAACUCCUUCUAGAUGGUAACAAUCUUCAGGGAAACAUUCCUUCAAGUCUAGGAAAGUGCCAAAAUUUGCUUGAGAUGGAUCUUUCUAAUAACCAUCUUAGUGGACCAAUACCCCAUCAAGUACUUGGACUCUCAUCCUUGUCCAUUGUACUAAACUUAUCAUCAAACUUUUUGACCGGUGAGCUUCCUGUUGAAGUAGAAAAAUUGAUAUUCCUGAGUCAAUUGGAUGUUUCUCAAAACAGGUUAUCCUGCCUGCUUCCAAACGAACUUGGUAGUUGUAUAGGUCUGGAUAAAUUGUUCUUGGAUGGCAAUUUGUUUGAAGGGCCCAUUCCUUCAUCCUUGCGUUCAUUGAGAGGUCUUGAAGCCUUGGACAUAUCUGACAAUAAUCUUUCAGGCGGAGUUCCAGAAUUUCUUCAAAACUUUGGAAAAUUAAAGUAUUUAAACCUCUCUUUCAAUGAUUUUGAAGGAGUGUUACCGAGUGAAGGAGUUUUUAAGAAUGUAAGUGCUACCUUCGUCGAGGGAAACAAUAAGCUUUGUGGAGGCAUCUCUGAGUUGCAAUUGCCGAGAUGUAACUCAAAAACAUCCAAAAGCAAAACAUUCGACGUCGAAAUCUUGUCAAGAUGUAGCUCAAAAACAUCCAAAAGCAAGUUAAAAAUUGCAAUUAUUGGUGUGACUUUGGGAGUGGGUUUGGUUUUCACUUGUCUCCUCAUCUUUUGGUUUAGAAAGAAGAAAGCGCAAACGCCAACAUCAACAUGUGUAGAAAAUUCGCUUUUACAAUUAUCAUACCAAAGCAUCUUAAGGGCUACUGAUAGAUUCGCCACACAAAAUUUGGUUGGUUCGGGAAGUUUCGGUUCUGUAUACAAAGGAAUUCUUGAUGAGACUGGAGCAACUAUUGCACUAAAGGUGCUUAAUCUUCUAAAUCGUGGAGCAUCGAGGAGUUUCUUGGCUGAAUGUGAGGCAUUGAAGAACAUUCGACAUCGAAAUCUUGUCAAGGUAUUAACAGCCGUUUCGGGGGUCGAUUACAAAGGCAAUGAUUUUAAAGCAUUGGUUUAUGAGUUCAUGGAAAACGGAAAUUUGGAGGGCUGGCUGCAUCCAUCAAUCACCAUGAAUGAACCAGAGACGAUGAGAAACAUGAACUUCUUCCAAAGAGUUGAUAUAGCCAUAGAUGUAGCUCAUGCACUCGAAUAUCUGCACCAUCAUUGUGAAACGUCUAUCAUUCACUGCGACCUCAAGCCAAGCAAUAUUCUACUCGAUGAGGAAAUGGUUGGCCACAUAAGUGACUUUGGCUUAGCAAAAGUACUUUAUGAAGAUAAUCUUAAUCAUCCCCCUAAUCAGUCAAGUUCCAUUGGCUUAAGAGGAACUAUUGGUUAUGCUCCACCAGAAUAUGGCAUGGGAAGCGAGCUGUCAACUAAAGGCGAUGUGUACAGCUAUGGUAUCCUUUUACUAGAGAUGUUUACAAGGAAAAUGCCAACUGAUGAAAUGUUCAAAGAAGGUUUAAGUCUUCACAGUUUUGUUGCAGGAGCUUUUCCCAAUCGAAUAAUUGAGAUUAUAGAUCCCAUUCUUCUUCAAGAGAGUGUUAGAGGAGUAACAGCCGCAGACAUCACUCCCAAUGAAAACAGCCUGGGAAAUGAUGGUCUUCUAUGCUUGAAUUUGAUAUUUGAAAUAGGUCUCACUUGUUCUGCUGAAUCACCAAGUGAGCGGAUGGGCAUGGGUGAUGUUGUUAUCAAGCUUUGUUCUGUUAGGGACAAGCUUCUUCGUCCAACUCGAUUCCAUUGAGGGAUUCAAACAUCAUACGCUGCUGAAUCAGCAGGUAUCUAAGGUGUCCUAUGGAUGAACUUGAGAGGUAUAAGUCUGGAAAAGUGCAUGCUGUUCUCUUUUGUUUACAUUCUGCUCUGAGAAAAGAAAACAAACAAGGAGUUGUUCCAGGUUUCCACCAAUAAUUUGUCAGAGUA